ACAACCGGUCUUGAAUCGACCAGCAACGGGCAACACAAUCACAAAGUAAGGGAACAGACCCCUGUGUUUACAUCCUGUCAAGACUUCUGCUUGUGUGCUCCAACUCUUUCUGUCGAUGUUUACCGGGCUGGAACAUUUUUUCGCAAAAUGUUUGUGUUAGCUGAAAUGAAACAUGUCAUUCGAACGCCUCCUUGGAAAUUCAACGUCAAACUGACCGACGCCAUUGCCGAGGAAUUGAACAAGAAAUUGGCUAAUAAGGUCGUGCUGAAUGUUGGUCUUUGCAUAGCGUUACAUGACAUAAUACAUAUGGAGGACUCGUUUAUUUUUCCGGGCGAUGGAGCGGCCCACACUAAAGUUCGAUUUCGUUAUGUAGUGUUUCGACCAUUUCUUGAAGAAGUUCUUGUUGGAAAAAUACGUAGUUGUAGCUCAGAAGGCGUUCAUGUUACCUUAGGUUUUUUCGACGAUAUUGUAAUUCCACCCUCAGCCUUACAACAUCCGUCAAGAUUUGAUGAGACCGAACAGGUGUGGGUUUGGGAAUAUGACACUGGGGCAGAUGGAGAGAAGCAUGAUCUUUUCAUGGAUGCAGGGGAACCUAUCAGAUUCCGAGUAACAGCAGAGAGCUUCACAGAAACUUCUCCAAGUGGUCCUGAAACCCCUGAUGCUACAACACCUGCUGAUUCUGCCAAACCAGAGCACAAAAUUCCCUACACAUUGACUGGUGGAAUAAGUGAGUCUGGAUUGGGAUUGUUAUCUUGGUGGACUUCAUGACCUGUGUUCGAGUUUUUCUUGUGUCACAAGAGAUAAUCAAGGAGACAAACACUACAACGAAAUGAAGACACAGAACCAUAAACAAGAAUUGUCUUGGAUUGUUUUCACAACUCCUUAUUAUGCAUUUGUUGGCUAAAGCUCUUCCUUUGGUUUAAAGAUGGAUGAAAUAAUUUGGGAAAUCAUCAUAGUCCCACAGCUUUUGACAUGCAAUCCAAUAUAUGAUUAGUUAGAUACCAGACUUGCAGGGAGGUCAUAUAGAGUUAAGCACUUACGUAUAUUGGCCCAAGAACUGGGUUUAAUUGUUAAAUAGCAACCAUACCUUACCUACCAAGUCUCCAACAUCUAAGAAAAUAACUUUGGACUAUACAUUCCAGUGAAACCACAAAGUGUAUCUCUAUUAAAGUUCUCAGAUAUGCACAAUGUUAAAAUUUAAUCUUUCCCCUGAAAAAAUAGUGAUUGUUUAUACAUUUUAAAAGUAUUUCCUUUCCUCUUCUGCUGACAACUGACCUAAUUCUAUAUCAAAAACUCGGUUAAUGAAAUGAGAAAUGGACCAUUUUCCUGUAAUUUUUUGUUGUACUGUCAAUGAAUAUACUUUCAUUUACAACAAUGCGCUUAAAGUGUCAUCAAAACAUUUUUCUUUGUUCUUUUUUGUUGUCUAUGUUUCUUACAUUUAGAACAUUGUAGUUAAAUAUUAUAUAAUGUAAAAACAUUUCUACAUGGUACUUUAAGUAUUUAUCUAACAUAAAGAAAUUUAACACA